ACGCCGUCGCUUAGCGACCCGUGUUCGAGUCCCCGCCUCGGCCGCCAUGGCGGAUGCGGAGCCGGAGGCUGGGGGCGGCAGCGAGGAUGGUGGCGGCGGCGGCGGCCCGGCUCCUCCGGGCCAGAGCGGCAGUGUAGCACGUGUGGCCCCGCUGGGCCCCGAGCAGCUGCGGCGGGUCCUGGAGCAGGUGACGAAGGCACAGCCGCCGCCGCCACUGCCCCCCUUCGCGCUGCAGGACGCGGCGCGGCGGCUGCGGGACGCGGCCCAGCAGGCCGCCCUGCAGCGGGGCCCGGGCGCCGAGCCCCCUCGCCCGCCGCGCCUGCUCCCCCCCCAGCAACUAGAAGCCAUUUGUGUCAAGGUAACAUCUGGAGAAAUGAAAGGUCAGGAAAAGCCAAUGCCCUUACCAGCCACAAUCCAGCCCCAAACUGCAAGACAGAGCCAGCCACCCCAGGGGAAUUCCUGCCUCGUGGGACUCCACAUCACCAGCCCUCAGCUGCUCAGGGUACAGCCACUUGUGAGAACCGAGCCACAGUCGUGCUUCCUAAGUGACUUGCGCCAACCUCCUGCUCAGGUGUUUGUACAGAGACCACUGCCAGCCCUCCAGGUGGUCCCUGCAAAGAAAGUCCCAGCCCCCAAGACUCCAAAUGAACAGGGCUCAGUGUUGACUCCUUUGUCUGCCUCCAACCCACUGGCAGUAACGUCUCUUUCAUCCAGUUCAGCACAUCCAUUUGUUUCCAACUUGCAUACAAAACAUACUGAGAAACUGAAAAAAUCGUUAAAAGUAAAGACACGUUCUGGACGGGUAUCUCGACCUCCCAAAUAUAAAGCUAAAGAUUAUAAGUUCAUAAAAACAGAGGAUUUGGCGGAUAGUCAUCUGUCAGAUUCUGAUGAUUAUUCAGAACUCUGUGUGGAAGAAGAAGAAGAUCAGAGGGAGAGCCACACGCUCUUUGACUUAUCCAGCUGCUCCCUGAGGCCCAAAAGCUUUAAGUGUCAGACUUGUGAAAAGUCAUAUAUAGGAAAGGGGGGACUGGCCCGACAUUUUAAACUUAAUCCAGGCCAUGGCCAGGUGGAUCCUGAGAUGGUGCUGUCUGACAAAGCCAAUGGAAGCACCCUCCAGGGGUGCAUGGAGGAAAGGACGCUCAGCCUGACCUCCCCGGGGCUGUCCAUGCCAGCGGCUCCGUGCGAGGGAGGGGCCCGCUCCUGCUUGGUGACAGAGUCAGCACAUGGUGGCCUACAGAAUGGUCAGUCUGUAGACAUUGAAGAGACAUUGCCAUCUGAACCGGAAAAUGGAGCUCUUUUGGGAUCAGAGAGAUACCAAGGACCUAGAAGAGUUGUAUGCUCAGAGGCCCCUGCAGAGUCCCGCACAGCCGUCCUCCAGCAGAGAAGAGCCGCUCAGCUGCCUGGUGGCCCUGCUGCGGCAGGGGAGCAGAGGGCGUCGCCAAGCAAAGCCAGGCUCAAGGAGUUCCUCCAGCAGUGUGACCCGGAGGAUCUGGUGGAAUUGGCUCUACCUCAACUGGCUCAGGUUGUGACAGUGUAUGAGUUUCUUCUGAUGAAGGUUGGAAAAGAUCAUCUAGCAAAGCCUUUUUUCCCAGCUAUAUAUAAGGAAUUUGAAGAGUUGCAUAAAAUGGUUAAGAAAAUGUGCCAAGAUUACCUCAGUAGUUCUGGUCUGUGUUCCCAGGAGACCCUGGAAAUAAACAAUGAUAAGGUUGCUGAGUCAUUAGGAAUCACAGAAUUCCUGAGGAAGAAAGAAAUACACCCAGACAACCUUGGACCCGAGCGCCCCAGCCAGGAGAUGGAUGGGGAGCAGCCAGAGGGAGCCGGCAGCGAGAAGACGGAACAUGAGGCUGCGGAGGAGGGACUGGCCUCGGUGAAAAGGCCCAGAAGAGAAGCCCUGCCCAGUGACACCACUGAAUCUCUUGCUGCUAACAGCAGAGGCCGGGAGAAGCCCAGGCCCUUGCAUGCUUUGGCCGCUGGUUUUGCCCCUCCAGUAAAUGGCACUGUCUCUCCCCAUUCUGAAGAAAGCCAUACAACGACGGUUUCUGGUGGCGAAGGGAGCAUGUUCCAGGCGGGCCCGCAGCUUCAUGCACUGGCUGACUUAGCCAGGAGUGGGUCUAUAGGUGCUGCUGUCUCAUCCCAGGAUGUCAGUGGGCUGCCCCUUUAUGCUCAGUCAGGAGAGUCUAGGAGGCUGACCCAGGCACAGGUGGCAGCGUUUCCUGGAGAGAAUGCUCUGAAACACUCUUCAGACCAGGAUACCCGGGACAGCCUGAGGAGCCCGGGUUUCUGUAGCACCUUGUCAUCUGCUGGCGGAGCAGAGUCCCUGCUGCCUGGGAGGCCUGGACAUGCAGAGGCAGGACACCUCGGCAAGGUUUGUGACUUCCACUUGAACCACCAGCAGCCCAGCCCCAGCGGCGUCCUGCCUACGGAGGUGGCGGCCCCUCUGCUUGAGAAAAUUUUGUCAGUGGAUAGUGUGGCAGUAAACUGUGCCUACAGGACUGUGCCCAAGCCAGGGCCUCAGCCUGGCCCACAUGGAUCACUGUUGACUGAAGGGUGUCUCAGAAGCCUUUCGGGGGACCUGAACCGGUUCCCCUGUGGGAUGGAGGUGCACUCUGGCCAGAGAGAACUGGAGAGUGUGGUUGCUGUCGGCGAAGCCAUGGCUUUUGAAAUUUCCAAUGGGAGCCAUGAGUUACUGUCUCAGGGACAGAAGCAUAUUUUUAUUCAGACUUCCGAUGGGUUUAUCUUGUCCCCUCCAGGUACAAUAGUGUCUCGGGAGGAGGACUUUGUCAUAGUGACCGAUGCAGAGGGGCGUGCCCUGCGGAGGGGCCCACCAGAAGGAGUUCCCGUAGAAGCUGUGGAGGCGUUCCUCACCGUGGAGCCAGAGCCCUCACAGGGAAGAGGAGUCAGAUCCUAGAUUUGUCUGAUUUUAUCCAGAGAAAGUCUGUGGCAAGCAAUGUGUAUUUUUCUAGUGUGGAUAUUGCAGGGAUGAACCUUUUAUUUAUAAAGAAUGUCUUUCUACCCUGCUGUCUACAUUUUUUUAUGGAGCUUGUUGUAACAAUAGCAGAUGUUGCCUCAUCAGGAAUCCCUGUGGCGCAUCUGAUGCUCAUGAGUUUUCGUGAUGGUGAUGAGUGGCGUUACACUGUCACCUGAUGAUUGGCCCUGCCCUGUUCCCUUCUCUUCUGGGAGAUGUGCUGCUUUUCCACCAGACUGGCUCCAUACUAGCAGCUUCUUUUGGGUUCAAUUAAAAAGAAAAUAAGCCAGUCAUUCUGGGCAGCAUUUUAUUGAUAGGAGGGGAAAAAAGUCAUUUCUAUUUGCAUGAUUUUUUAAAUUAAAUUAAAUUAAAUUAAUUAAUUU